AUGGGCGGGUUCAUUCCGAGUGUACAUCUUGUGCAAGACGCAAUCGGAAGCUGUGGAAGCCGAGGCGUCUCUCUGGCCGUGGCAUUGAGUGGUUUGGGGCAGCAUUGGAGGCACUCGCACACCAAGGGGCCCACAGUGUCGACAGAUUACUAUGACAAUUUCUUGAGCCACGCCUGGGCUGGCUCCGGAUGGCUGAAGUAUUUGUCCCUGCUCAUCCUCUUCAACGCACGGGCCGCAAUGGUGUCAACGAUCCUAGUUUCCGUUUCGAUUGGCGUGCUUCGCAUGAUGGCCAUCCUGCCCAACAUGGUGUGGACACAGCUUCCGUGCUAUGUAUUCUAUUUUUUGAUGCUCGUUUUUUGGCAGCCGAUACAUGGCAUUUUCAGAUCGCCUCGCAUCGUCUUCCUUGACCGUCUCUGCAUCCCACAAGAUGAUGAGGAGAAGAAAUCUGAAUGUAUUCGCGGGCUUGCUGGUUACCUGGAUAGAGCAAACACCUUGACCGUCUUAUGGUCGAAUGAGUACUUUGGCCGACUCUGGUGCGUGUUUGAGCUGGCCACUUUUCUCCGGAAUCGGUGCAGCCGGCCAAUCCAGCUUCUGCCAGUGGAGAUGUCAAUGCUCACGUUUUUGAUAGGUCUCUGCUACAGCACGGUAAAUUUGGCCUACCGGUGCAUCAUGGAGGCACGCAACAUCACCGUCGCUGGGAGCCUCGAAACAACCCCGUGGCUGGCCACCCUUAGAGCCUCUGGUUGGCUGGCCUUGUUUGGCGGCCCGUUGAUUCCGUUCUACAUAUAUCUUGGCCUAGAUUUCAUGAUGAAACUUCGCCGCCUGCCCACUCAGCUGCAGACUUUCGAUGCUCGAAAGGCUAGCUGCUACUGCUGCACAGUGGAUCAUAUAGACCCUCGGAGCAAUGCUCCCAUCUUCUGCGACCGACAGCUGAUCUUGGAAAAGCUGACGGAGUGGUAUGGAGACCCCGAAGACUGCGAAGAUACAGAUAUGGGGAUCGAUGGAGCGAUCGAGCAGUUCAACCACCUGGUGCGCAAGGAGCUCGCCGACGUUUUCCUUGAGAUGAUGUCGGGCCGCGAUGUUCUGUGGCAAUACAUAUACCUCUUGAUCGGCAUGAACUGUCCGGUCUGCACCUAUCUCCUGGGCGACAUGGGCUUCCCCCCAGAAUCCAUGGAAGGCUGGGCCCUGCAUUCCUGGAGAGCAAGAGAGUGCACCAGCUUCGUCCACCUCUUCUUGCAAGUAUUUGCUGCGGUGCAGAUUUUCUCGACAGUGUGGACUCUUGGGGCUAUAUAUCUCAAAGAUCAUCAUCGGUUCAUGGCUGCUUUGAUGUUGACCCCCAUUCUGAUCGUCUUGGCGGUGGGGCUAUUCUACUAUCCGUUCCGGCUCUGUUUGGAACUCUCCGUUGACGGCAGCCUGCUGCUGCCAUUGACAGCUGUCGUGUUUGAGGCCCUGGUCCUGGUGGCAUUGAGCUACACGAGUCGAUUGGCCACGGCAUCCUUCACCCGAACGGCACUGGAGAGUGCGAAGCAGCUUCACAACUGGCAGACCAAAUCGCUCAGCCUUAGAUCAUCCGAGUCGGGACAGGACGUUCCGGCAGGCGUAGUGAGCCAUGAUGGUUUCUUCAGCAUAUGA